GUCAGUGAACCCAAUAAACUUGCACCACAAUCGUCGACAUCUUAGCUAAAACAAGACAUAAUGGCAGCGGCACCUGAAUGGCUGACACAUGAUUACAUUGAGCACGCGCUGAGAACGCAUUACAAAGAUGACAAAUUACAGAUUGUACAUCUUGAAUUGAAUCCGGCUCUGGGACCGGGCGAGAACUAUGGCGGUGUCUUGACUAGGGUCCGCGUGCGUUUCACACUUUCGCAGCAAUCCCAGGAAGAGCAGCUGCAGAACCUGAUCGUAAAGACCUCCAUUGAUGAUGAUGAGCUGACCAAGGAGCUUAUGGCGCCCUACGACAUUUACAAUCGCGAAAUGACCAUCUAUGAGGAGGUGCUACCCAAAUUAAAUGAGCUUCUCAAGGAAAUUGAUGAGUUUGAGCCCUUGUUUCCCACCGCCAUCUUUGUGGAUCGUGAACGCAUGGCCAUCAUCUUUGAGGAUCUAGCUGUGGCCCACUAUGUGAUGGCCGAUCGUGUUAAGCGUCUGGACAAGGAUCAUGCUCAUUUGAUCCUUCGCAAACUGGCCAAGAUGCACGCCACCUCUGCGGUACUCAAUGAACGCAAUGCCGGCAGCCUCGAGAAAUACGAUCGCGGUUUCUUCAAUCGCUAUACGGACGCCUACAGCGGCUACUUUGUGGGCGGCCUACUGGCCGCCGCACGCUGGAUGAGCCAGGAGCCCGAGUGCGCACAGUACGGGCAGAAGCUCUUUGAGCUGGCUCCACACUACAUGGACAUUGGACGGGAAUGUUUUGCUCCGCUGCGGGAGUCGGUGAAUGUGUUGGCGCACGGGGAUGUUUGGACCAACAAUGUUAUGGUCAAAUACGAUGCAGUUACUGGUCGUCCAGUCGAUAUUCUAUUAAUUGACUUUCAAUAUUCCUUUUGGGGCUCGCCCACCAUUGAUUUGCAUCAUUUCUUUAAUACAUCGCUGCUGGAGCCACUGCGACGGGAGGAACAAGGUGUACUCUUUGAGUUCUAUCAUCGCAUAUUCAGAAAUAUUCUCACAAAACUAAACUACAAACAGAACCCAAUUCCCAGUUUGCACCAAUUUCAGUUGCAGGCCGAAGAGAAGCGCUUUUUCGCCAUGCACUCGGCCGUUGUGGUGCAGCCCGUCAUGAUCAGCGAGGACUCCACAGAUGCCUGCUUUAAUGCUCUCAUGAAUGAUGAUGAACGUGGCAUACGCUUCAAGAAUCGUCUCUAUAACAACCCCAUAGUCCAGCAGAAUCUGAAGGCCCUGAUGCCAGUCUUCGAUAGAAAGGGACUGCUGGAGGUUAAUCAAUGCUGUUAAGCCGACAAAUAAAAUGAGAUAUUAAUUCACAUUGUGUGUGUAA